UACGUCGUUAGACGGAUACGAGUUGUCAGCUCACCGCCGAGAGGAAUCCCCAAUUCCAACCGGCGGGGGUGCUGCCGCCGUGCUGCUCACCGCCGAGGCGCGCCGCCGUGGACUCGGAACGCGAGACUCCGGGAGCGAGAAGAAGAAGAAGAAGAGAGCAAUGACGCCGAAGCAGAUGCACUGGGCGAGGGCCGACGCCUCCGACUUCGGAGGCGAAAUCCCCGCCCCUCGCAGCGGGCACACGGCGGUGAGCAUCGGAAAGUCCAAGGUGGUCAUCUUCGGCGGAUUCGCCGACAAGCGCUUCCUCUCCGACGUCGCCGUCUAUGACGUUGAGAAUAGGCUAUGGUACACGCCUGAAUGCACUGGGAAUGGCUCGGAUGGGCAGCUAGGCCCCAGUCCAAGGGCCUUCCAUGUAGCUGUCGUCAUUGACUGUAACAUGUUCAUCUUCGGCGGUCGUUCAGGCGGCAAGAGGUUAGGUGAUUUUUGGAUGCUUGAUACCGACAUAUGGCAGUGGUCAGAGCUAACCGGCUUUGGUGAUCUGCCAUCACCUCGGGAGUUUGCUGCUGCUUCAGCCAUAGGAAACAGAAAGAUUGUUAUGUAUGGUGGUUGGGAUGGCAAAAAAUGGUUGGCAGAUGUAUACAUCAUGGACACAAUGUCACUCGAGUGGACAGAAUUAUCAGUUACUGGAUCAGUGCCACCUCCAAGAUGUGGACAUUCUGCCACAAUGAUUGAGAAGAGGUUGCUUAUAUUUGGUGGCAGGGGUGGAGCUGGGCCCAUAAUGAGUGAUUUAUGGGCUUUAAAAGGUGUCACUGAAGAAGACAAUGAGACACCAGGUUGGACACAACUGAAGCUCCCAGGACAACCUCCAGCUCCACGCUGUGGUCACUCAGUAACAUCUGGUGGACCUUAUCUCUUGCUGUUUGGAGGACAUGGAACUGGUGGUUGGCUAAGUAGAUAUGAUGUGUACUACAAUGAUUGUAUUAUUUUAGACAGGGUCUCUGUUCAAUGGAAGCGUUUAUCAACAAGUAACGAGCCACCCCCUCCUCGAGCAUAUCAUUCUAUGACUUGCAUAGGGUCUCGAUUUCUUUUAUUUGGUGGCUUUGACGGGAAAAAUACAUUCGGGGAUUUGUGGUGGCUUGUUCCUGAAGAUGAUCCUAUUGCGAAACGAGACUUGGUUCCUAAUGUCGAUUCAGACAGCAAACCUAGCAAUGUGAUUGGUGGCGCUGAACAUUCCGCAUCACAGGAAUCACAAGCUGGGGAAUCUCCAUUGACUGACUUGGCAAAACGAUUGGGAAUUCCACUUUCUUUGGAUGCUUCAGCAAGUUUUGUUGAUGAGAUCAAUGACAAAGAACUAAUUGAAUUAUCAUCUAUGCUUUUUGUUGAAUCACCCCCCACUGCUGACCAGCAUGGAUGCAUUCAGGCGCUUCGUGAUCAUUGGUCAAGUAUUCAAGCAAACUCAAUGCAGCUCCAGGAACUAGGCCCUUUACUGAGGGACUAUCAACGUCUUAUUCUCCGCCGCUAUCUGGAAAGUCCAUCUUCCUGUGAGAGGGAAGCUCACCGCUUUUUCCAUUUGAAAACUGCUUCUGAGCUAAGGAUGGAUGACAUCCCCAUCUUGUUGAUGGAGUAUAGAAAGCUGAUUUCUACUUGAGGCUGGGAUAGCAUCUGAAUUUUGACUCUCUACUUGCUCUGUUGCGCAUCAUCUUCAUCGACAUGUGUUGGAUGACAUACUCAUCUUGUUGAGCUCAUCUGUUGACGAGUACAUUCAUAUCAGCAGGGAACAUCUGAGGAAGGCAAGGAAACAUAGCAGCAUACAUGCCAUGAUUUCAUGAUCUUCAGAACUUGGUCAGAGCUUUGCUCCCUGCUCAAAAUCGUUUACAACAUAGGCAUGCCUAAGUUACCACACUUUCGAGGAUUAUUUAUUUGAAGAGAGGGUCAACAAUAUCUAUAGAAUCAUGUCAAGAAAGUGAGAAACCUACAUGAUACAACUUCCUAAAGAAAUCGAAAGCGACAACUCCUGGGUGGCAGAUUCCGAGAAGCUGGCAGCAGGAAGGCACUUCACGUUUGGUCACCUUGAUGUGUAUCCUUUUCCUUCCUUUGUUCACCAAAUAAUUGUACAUUAAUUAGUGAUGUCGAUUGUCAUAUCGAUUUUGUUAAAAUUAAUUUGAUACGGGAGUAGUGGCGGCCAUCUGGGCGACGCACAUGUAUUGAACUUGGACACCCAUGAUGCAUGCGUUGUUGGAUGGGGGCAACGGCGACUUCACGUGGUGCGGACUGCGGAGAUAGCUUGGGGACUUCUGGAGUUUGGAGGACAAAAAUUCCAACUAAACGGUUUGUUUGAAAAAUCAGGGGACACAUGGUUUUACUAGACUCAUCACAUGUUUUCAGUUGCCACUUGUCGUGUUUCGUCAUAAUUUUCGAAGAAGAAACACCUCAAAAAUGAUUAUGUAAAUAUUGUUUUUUCUUUACUUUUGU